GCUGCUUCCUCUUUCUGUUGUCGUUACUGCUAGCUAGUAAAAUUAACGAAACGGUCAUCAUUGUCGGACAACUUAAAACGGGUGGUUGAUACGAUGAUGAGAUGAAUGCUAAAUGUAUCAAUUUGUGAAGAAUUGGCAAUGGAUAAUCUGUAUAAACUGUCAACGUUUCCUCCUGGUCGUGGGUUUACUAGCUAAAGACGUUAGCUGCUUGCUAUCCUUGUAGCUAGAGCCUUCUCCGCUUGCAGCUAGCUAGAUCAGCUGGCAAACUCGGCUCAGCCAGCUACGGGAGAAUAACAAUUAGCUAAUACAGCCACUUGUCAGCACAGUUCAUUGUAGCUAGCUACAUCAGUUUGACAGUUAACGUUAUCUAAAGAGAAUGGCGUCGUCUUUUGUGAUUGGAAACACAUUUCGAGAGAGGGUAAGAGACUUGCUGGAGAACGAUGAGUUUUCAGUUCCAACGGAGCUACAGAAAGAAGUGGAGGAUAUUCUUCAACAGGAACCACCAUCAACUCUGUCCUUCAGAACUGCUAGAAAACUUAAUAAAUGUCUGCAAGACAAUGGUCAACCUUUCUACCUUCAUGAGUUGUUGGAGGACAGCUCAUUGCACCUGCCUAAGGUUGAAAUGCCCCCCAGAAACCCUAUGCUUGUGGCUCGUCUGGAACGAAUCAAAGCCAAGUUGGCCAAUGAAGAAUACAACAGGAUCACACGGAAUGUAAACACUCAGCAAAUUAAUCGUCGUGAGACACUGGCAGACUUUGGGAGAGAAGUGCGCUCAGCCAAAGCUGCAGUUGUGACGGUCUUAAACUUCCUAGUGACAGUGGCGGCGACGUUCGCUUGCGCCUAUCUCGGCAGUCAAUACCUCUUCACAGAGACAGCGGCGAGGGUGAUAUCUGCAGUGAUUGCUGCGUCCGUCGUCGGCCUGGCAGAGCUGUAUGUUCUGGUACGGACCAUGGAGGGAGAGCUAGGAGAACCAUAGCACCAGUCAGUGUUCUUAUCAACAAAAUACUUUUCCUGGAGAACAAUCCCUUAUCUGACCCACCAGUGGACUUCAAAACAGAAAUCAAAGGGGUUGAGUGGAAGUUGACAUGACCACAAAACUAUUGAUAAGAAUUGUCCCAGGUCGUUCGCAUAUUGAAAACGGAUUAGUGUCAAGAUCUUGAAUGUGACCCAGAUGUUAAAGUUGUUUGUGUUUUACCAUCGCUGCUCUAUGAUGAAGUUAUCGCCAUGUUUCACAACUCAUUUACUAAUGUGGACUAACAAAGUUGGGAUAUUUAUCUAUUUAUUUACAUCCAUGAUGUUUUUAUAGGGCCUGUUAAAUUAGCCCCCUUCAUAACAUUUGUCUCAUAAUUUCCUACUUAGAUGGAACAGGGAUUUUUUUUCUCAUGCAAUAGCUUAUUCAUACUGUAUUUUCACGGUCCUUCAGUAUGUCUGUAUAGUUGGUAUUGUUUGUCUAUUCAAUAAAAUGAGCGCCCAGGUAAUUCAA